GUUUAAAUAUGAAUUGACUUGAACGUGAACGUUGAGCCUUCAAUUCACACUCUUUCUACUCUUUCACUCUUCUCAUUCUUGUUUUCUUCUUUAGAACUCAAAAAAAUGACAGAGUUUGAGGAAUUGCCGGAAGGAUGCAUUUCCGCCAUUCUCUCUCGCACAACUCCGGCUGACGCCGGCAGACUCUCCGUUGUUUCCAAGACAAUUCUUUCUGCCGCCGAUUCCGACGCCGUCUGGAAUCAAUUUCUCCCUUCCGAUUCUCAUUUCAUCGACUCUAUCAUCUCCCUUGCUAACGUUCCAACCAAAAAAUCUCUGUAUCUAGCUCUCUCUGAUUCCCCUAUCAUCAUCGACAAUGAUCAAAAGAGCAUUCAAUUGGAUAGAAAGAGUGGAAAAAAGUGUUACAUGCUUGCUGCUAGAUCUCUCUCCAUUGCUUGGGGUAAUGAUGAUCGAUAUUGGAACUGGAUUGCUAUGCCUGAUUCCAGGUUCCCUGAAGUCGCUGAGCUUCUUGUUGUUUGUUGGCUUCAUAUUAGUGGGAUGAUAAACAUGCUUGCAUUGUCCCCAAAUACUCAGUAUGCAGCUUAUCUUGUGUUCAAGAUGAUUGGUGGCUUUGGAUUUCGGAAUCCAAAUUGUCCCGUGGUGUUAUCAAUUUGUGUCGAAGGUGGCCAUAAAAGUACUAAAAUUGUCUGUUUGGAUCCAAAUGUGGAAGGUAGGCUGCAUAACGUAGCAGUAGGAUUGCAACGCCCUAGUGUGAGAAGCGAUGGGUGGUUGGAGAUUGAAAUCGGGGAGUUCUUCAAUUCAGGCGAAGAAGAUGAAGAAGUUCAAAUGAAUAUAAAGGAGACAGAUGAUUAUAAUUCGAAGAGUGGUCUCUUUCUUGAAGGAAUAGAAGUCAGGCCUAAGUAAGACAAUUAAGUAACAUUCCAUGAACUAUGAAAGGGGUCUUGCAUCUAGUGGUGGUUUGAAGAUUGUCAAAAUACUAUGUUACAUAUAUGUUUCUUCCAAACUGUUUCUUUGUAAAGCAUAUGUAUGUACAACUUUUAUUUACAUGUCAUGGUUCAAUAUAUUGGGAUAGUUGUGUUUAUAUCACUUAUUACUAUUGAUUGUUUGAACUAUAUAAUAUACUUUGAUGCAAUAUGAAUUUGCUGCAAAUUAUUGA